AUGUUUCUUAUCGGAUACGAGUUUAAAGUCCUGUCUCCAAUCUUCACCAUCCACUGGGGUCUGCAGGCGCGUCGGACUAGACCUCUGUGGAGGGAAAAGCAAAACCAGAAGAACAGGAAACAUUUUGAGACCUUUAAACGGGAACUGUACGCGAGGUACAGGAGAGAUCCUCUUCAUCUAUUAAGGAGACCUCAGCAGGCAAAGAAAACGUAG